AUGUACUUCAAACCAGUUAGACGUGUGUUUACUCAAGACGAUUUAUCAAAUUGGAUCGAUUCAGACACUUAUAAACAAGUGCUCGAUUUCAUAACGCAACUUCAAGAUUCCGUUACUGAUAAAUCGAAUGAUAAUGAGGUGGCAACUUCGCCCGUGAUUACACAGCUAAUACAUCUCAUUGAUGAAGCUUAUCGAAUUAUACAACAUCAUCCGGUAAAAUUGGAAAAGGAUAUACUGAGAUUCGGCAAGGUUGAGUUUCGUGAUUUUUACGAUGAAGUGGAAUCAAAAUCGUCCCAGUUGAUUCAACCCAUUUGCGAUACCGCAUUGGUUGAAACAUCGACCUAUCUUACCAAUUCAUGGGGUGAUCGAACAAGAAUAGACUAUGGUUCGGGACAUGAACUUAAUUUCAUUUGUUUCUUGCUUUGUCUUUAUAAACUUGACGUUAUUAAACAGACUGAUUUUCCUGCCUUAAUACUCAAAGUGUUUACCAAGUAUAUGUCAACAAUGAGAUGCUUACAACGUACGUAUUGGCUAGAACCAGCCGGAUCUCAUGGUGUCUGGGGAUUAGAUGAUUACCAUUUUUUGCCAUUUUUAUUUGGAGCUGCUCAGUUAUGCAAUCAUCCGCAUAUGAAACCUAAAUCAAUUCACAAUGAUGAAUUAGUGGAAAUGUACAGAAACAAGUAUAUCUACAUGGAAUGUAUUGAUUUCAUUAAUAAUAUCAAAAUGUCUACAAACAAGCAACAAGAUAAGUUGAGUUUACGAUGGCACUCACCCAUGUUGGAUGAUAUAUCAGCUGCUAAACUGUGGAGCAAGAUCAAAGAAGGAAUGGUAAAGAUGUAUAAAGUUGAAGUGUUGGGCAAAUUACCCAUUAUUCAACAUUUCAUGUUUGGUGAUAUAUUGAAAUGUCCCGAGGGAAUUCCUGAACAUCAAAGCGAUGAUGAUGCAGCAAGUGAUUGCGGACAUGUACAUGAACUUGCCAAUACAUGGGGUGAUUGUUGUGGUAUCAAGAUCCCCAGUGCUAUUGCUGCUAGUGAGAGUAUAAAAAGAGCUGGAGUUCCAUUUGAUUAA